ACAUCCUCUGGGCACAGGCUGAGCAGAGCACUGAGACACAGCUGAGAAUUAGGGAGAGAGAGAGAGAGAGAGAGAGGGAGAGGGAGCAGUGAAGUGGAAAUAUGGGUGAGCAUCACAGAAAGACAGAAAUAGAGCGAUAAAGCAGUGAAUUAGGCAGAGGCAGCGAGAGGAGGAGGAGAAAAACAGUCUUUCAGUGAGGCGGUGAUGCUUCGUGCAGACAAGGUUAUUUUCUCGUAGCAGAGAGCUCUCGUCGUGUGCGGAUGUGAGAACCUCAUGGAUUUGCUCCCGCCUGAGUCUCAGCGGAAUUGAUUGCAUCUGGAUCCAAAACAACUGCAGACGGAGGAUGCGACUGUGGCUGGAUGCUAGGAUCCAUGUGGGCCUGUGACGUCUGCACUCCUCUCUGUGGCUACCUUCUUCCCCAUAAGGAUGGCUCCAGCGGCACUGACCCAGAUUGUGGAGUCCUGGCUCUUCGCUGUGCACUGCUCCUCCGGUGGUCUGUGAAUGUGAUGCGCACGAGGAAUGCUCUACACCUCGGCGGUGACCGCUCAGCCCGCUGCCUCUGCUGACAUCUGUCUCCGUGGAUACACACAGCCACUGGCAGGCUACGCCACUAAGACUGAUCCAUAAUAAUAAUCCCCAGCUGGAGAACAAACAACAUCUGGGCGUGGAGAGAAGGGAGAGGGUGAAGUCUCAGCAGGGUUGGCGGCAGAUGGUGACACUGCAGCAGCACUUCUCCAGCAUGGAGGAGACGGUGCGCACGCUACUACAGAACCAGGACUCUCUGGAGGGGCCCAAGGUGGACCCACUGGAUCUCAUGAAAGCGUACAAGGACAAACUCCUGGAGGAAAUGUGGAAGCAGCAGGACAGUCUGGAGGGUCCCACAGCCACAGUGGCAGCAGAGAUGCCUGCCUCGCCUGAGGCCGGCGGAGGGUCGGAGGAAAAUUCAAAGGACAGCAAUCCCCUGCUCGAGCGACUCAGAGCCCUGGAGGCUGAGAACUCAGCUCUGUCAAUAGAAAAUGACAAUCAGAGGAAGCAGUAUGAACGCUGUCUGGAUGAGGUCGCUAACCAGGUGGUCCAGGCCCUCCUCACACAGAAGGACUUGAAAGAGGAAUGUGUGAAGCUGCGGACCCGUGUAUUUGACUUGGAGCAGCAAAAUCGCAUACUGAGUGUGCUGUUUCAACAACGUGUCAAAAUGUCCACGAUUCCUGUCUCCCAGGACAUCCAAAGGAAUGGAAAAGCAGGUAUUCCUGCAGGAAGGUGGCCCAGCCUGCUGAGUCUAACAUGCCCACGCAGUAGUGGUAGCGGCAGUGGCAGUGAACUGUCUCUAUCCAGUGCUUGUAGUGAGUACUCCAGUGGCUCCCACACGUGGGCAGAAGGACGUGGAUUCUCCAAGCAGUGUGUCACAAGCCGUGACAAAAGGAUGAGUACAGGUUCAGUAUCCAGUAAUCACUCUGCACCCAUCGAGCAGACAGAACUGGGAUGGAAGGAAGGCCACAUUCUGAAGGGCCUGAAGCGUCUCCAAAUGUGCAGCUCCAAAGAGGCAUCCUCACUUGCAUCUGUGCCACACUGCAAAGAUUGUAUGACCUCCAACGAGGGCAUAUACUCACUUGGUGUUAAGUGUGGCCAACAAGGGAGUACAGCCAAGCAAGUAGCCCCUACAAGUAAACCAUUCAAGGCAGGAGCAGGGACUGCUGCCCUAGACUCUGAUGAUGCAGAUGAUGAUUCAACUAAAUUGCAAAGUAGGGAAUCUAGUGAUCAACAAACAAAAGAGCUUGUUUGCUUGAAGACACUGAAUGUCACAAGAGAUGAUGACAACAAUUUUCAAGAAGAUCCUGAAAAACGUGCAGGGAAUUCUGGUCUUUUUCCCUCACCUGUCACAGACAACUUCUUAUUUCUGGAGGGCCCCACAGUAAAACCUGGUGUAAGCCCAACAGAUAGCCUUACACAUCUGGAGGACCAGAACAAAGACUCGCUAGAAAAACACAAGCCUUCAGGCACGAAGUUAAGUGACAGAAACAAUAAUCAGGAGAGAUCUACUGACCGUAAAUCUAGACUUGAUCACGUCAAAAGACAACAUGGCAGACUUGCAGGCAAGCAAGCUGAAGCAGGGACAAGUGAUGUGAGCUCUUCUAUUCAGUAUUCUGCAACAAGAGCUCUGAGCUGUGUGAGUGUAGCUAGACAGCGCAGCUCCUCAAUGGAAGUUCCUCACUGCAGAGACCAGACAAAUCAAGCUGGCAGUGAAAGCCAGAACUACACCAUCUCAGAAUCUCCACAAAGGAAACCAAAACCUCAGCCUUGUGACUCAGCAAGAAAGGCUUUCAUUCUGCGGAGUAAGAGUGCAGAUGGAGGGAAGGAACAACCGAAGCAUACACACUCUCCUCUCCACCAAAAGCUUAUCAAGGGUCACAGGUCCAAAGGACAGUCAAACCCUCCUGGGCACAGUGUUCCCAGCAAAAGGACAAAUCUCAGUAAAACACAUUGUUCAAACAAGGUAUCAUUAUCUAACCUUGAGAACAAUGAAGACAUUGUGCUAUCAACAAGUUCCAAGUCUCUCAAGAGUGUACGCUCUCCCCUUGCUUCCCCUGUGAAACAUUCAAAGACAUUUAAGCCUCCAGGGAUCAAUGAAAGCUCAAAGAGCCCAACAAAAUCACCACUGCAAAUCACUAGACUUCAGUCAAGCAAUGAGUCUUUGGAAGAAAGCAUCUAUGACAACUUACCCUGCUCCCCGCGAAAACAACGGCGCCAAGACCAACACUGUGAUGUUUCCCAUUCGGAACAUAGGUCCCCAUCUCCACCACCACCCCCAGGUCGAACUACUUCUCUUGUCCUUAGGUCCAGUUGUGACAGCUUACCCAAAGCACAUAAAACUGCAGGUCAUGCUCAAAGCUCUACAACAUCAAGCACCACCAAGCCACAAUCAAAUCUUUCUUCAAUUUUACAGUCUCAACAGUCCAACAUAACAAAGGAUAAUCAACAUGUAGCCCUACAAAUGGGUGCUGAAGGUAACCCACUGAAAGAGAUUCCUGCCAAGCUCUACAAUACGCACUCAUCCAAGAUGCCACCUGUCCUAGGUCAAGAGUCCCAACCUUUAGAGUCCGUCCAGCUAUCUAUGGACAGAACUGCAACAUGCCAUGAUGAAAAUGGUAUGCCCUCAAUUUUUCCAAAUCAGAACAUCUUACAAAGAACCCAACAAAGCAUUAGUGAGCCAAAACUUUCUGAAGUCUUGCCUCAGGCAUAUUCUAAUGUUUACUACCAUGGGAUUACCAAUAAUCCUCAGAGUUCCACCUCAAGAGCUGUAAAAAUGGCUCUUCCUUUAAAUGCUAAAUCUCAUGAGGCAAUCGCUGGACAAGACACCAGUACCUUCCUAGUUUUUGGAAGACAUAACAAAGAUGAUCCAAACUCGACUGCAAAAAGUAUCCAGACUUUUCAGACUUUUACCUGUGAUCCCAAGAUGGUACAUGAAUGUGGAGCUGAAGACAAAGCCCGCAGAAAGAUUGAGACCCGCUGUAACUCGCUGGACUCUGAGCCUUCAGUUCAACCUGUUGCCUCAGACAGUGGUGUGAUGUUAGAUUGGGGAUUUGAUGAGGAAGGUUGGUUGUUUAAACGAUCUGUUUCUGUGUCAACUAGACCUCCCCUUAAGCCAGUAAUGGGCAUGAAUGGGGCUAAAGCUCGUAGCCAGAGCUUUGGUGCACGCUACAUGGACAGGCCAAGCUUCAACAGAUCUGGAAAGGUCCGUACCCAGAUCAAAACACACUCAGGGAGCUCCUUGAACUCUCUCAGUGACGUCCUUCCAGGAAGUAUGAGUUGCUCCAGUAGCUACCAUUGUCCAAUGAAUCGAUCCCUUUUAAACAACUUCUUGAUUGAAGAGGGUCUGACAGUUCCUUCACAUCUGGGGUCCUCCAGUGAAAGACUUCAGAGUCUUAAACAGCAACGAGAGCAGGCGAGGCGCCUUCAGAUUGAGCAACAGUUUUCAAGCGCCUUUGGUGAACCAGUUUCAGAAGAACCAGAAAGACAAAGUACUAUAACCACAAUCGAAGAGAAAGUGAUGCUCGGCAUAGAGGAGAACUUACACAAGUCUCAGGAACAGGAGAGAACCAGUGAAGUGAAGCAAAAAUCUGGCUCAACCUUGGCAAACUGGUUUGGUUUUCGUAAGAGUAAGCUUCCUGCUCCAAGCAGCAAAAAGACUGAUCCACCUAAAGUAAAAGAGGAGAAGAGGGAACAAAAGAUUACAUCACUUCUGGGAGGAAAACAGACAAAGUCUGACAAAAAGAGAGACAGAAGAAAAAGCGAUGGAAAAGACUGCUCUGUAGGGAGAAGAGAGUCUCAUGAUGCAGUGAGGGCAUGCAUCUCAAUGCCCUGCCCAGGAAUGUCCCUGAAUGAGAUACAAGGACAUACUGACAUCAUCGGGGACCCGAAGAUGCAGAUGAUGAACCUGAGACCUGAUGGUGAAAAUGGAUCCACAGUGAAGAGCCCCAACCAGGAUGCUGUAAUAGGCUCCGGCUGCAAGAUGCGAACGUUGGACAGUGGAAUUGGGACCAUCCCCCUUCCUGAAUCCUGUUCCUUCUUCUCCUCUAUCCUGCACCUUCUCCCCAAAUCCUCAUCAACCCCAGAACAGUCCCUCAGUCCUCCCAGUGUCCCUGGUUCCUCCAGUGAGGAUGUGUCUCCUUCCCCAUUACCCCGGUGGAGGAUACCCUCCAGCUUUAAGGACAGCAGCCAUUCAGGGGUGCCAAACUCCCUCUCCGACUCCUCCAUGACCCAUAUCCAGUCAGUGCCUUUCCCCACUGUGGCCUUCCUCCAGCCCAUCCAACCCCAGUCUGAACCCAUUGUGACCUCUGCCAGUUUGUGUGAUACCCAGAGCAGGCUACCCAGACCACCACCAGGUGCAAUGGAACCAAAAAAGUUGACCUACAUCAAAUCAAAAACAAGAGCCACUCCGAGCCAACAGAAAGAGCAGACAAGACUCCAGCUUGCCAACUAGUUUAUGAAGCUGACUGAGUCAACCUGAAGCAAAGAAUCAAGCAAUCAGUUGAAUUUAUCACUCUAACACACAUGGAGGAUACCGAAAUCCCACAGUUUGGACACCGCAUCUCUGUAUCAGGAUGAAACGCUCAGAGCUGGACAACAAGUGAGCUUGGCAUUGUGGGCUUCCACCUGUGCUCAGUGUAGUGUUGAGAUACUGAGUAGCCUUUGAGGUGUAGUAAUGAACCUUCUGGCAGUCAUGUUGGUGGUCUGCUGCUCAUUGGCAUCAGCUGUGUGCAGCUGAUUGAAUUUCUAAAUGUACUUCUCUGCUGUCUCACAGGACUGGAGGUAAACAGACAUUUACAUUUUUUUUGUUUUUUUUUUUUCAACUUGUUCUUACUCCAAACUCAUCAAAUACUGACGCUUGGUCAGUGGCCCUCGGCGUCUGAUGCUGACACACCAAGGCACUCUUAAGCAUCUAUAUGAGAUUGCACUGUGAUGCAUGACUAUUAGACACUCUGAGAAACUGAUGCAGUAUAAAGAGCAAGGGGACUUUCACCCAGGAGACUGCUGUUUGUCUUCCAUGUGAAACCAAAGGUCACCACUGACUUAUUUUAACUACGUGACAUAUAUCAUGUGACAUACCCAGAGCAUCAUUUUGAUGCAUAGGAUCACUGACCAAGCAUCUGUAUUUGAGAACUUGAGAGUAAGAAUCUGUAAUAGAAGUAAUCAUACUAAAAUGUGAAUACGUGACUGAUUUUUAUUUAUUUUUUUUUUUUUUUGGUAUCAGGUUAGCUACUGUAGCACUUUCAUGGCUACCUGUUAUCAUCAUUAUCUUAGUUAAACACACGCUAAUGCAUGUAGGCCUGGUUUAAGCUAACACUGGUGGCCAACAGCUGCAUUUUUACACUGCUAUGUAAUAACCAUACUUGUUAGCUAGUUAAGCUAACUGCAUAGAAAAAGAACAACUAAAAAUAGGAAGACAGUUUCCAGUGUUGCAGUAACCUGAAUGCUAAAAAACCCCACAACUAAUCAGAGAAUUAGCUCUACAUAACUGUAACUGACUUAAUUUAUCUUCCACUGCAGCACACAGCUAUUGUCUUUAAAAAGAUACUUCUCACAUUGCAACUCCAAUACCAUGUAAUGGGUACAGCAAUGUUAUUGCAACCCUGUCACCAACAAAUUAUGUUCACGUACAACUAACUGAGUGCCGCUAUACCGCAGAAAUGGAUGAGUAUAAUCAAAUGAAUAAACUUUGCAUUUUUAUAGCCAAAAUAUUUGCCACAGUACAGAAAGGACUGUCAAUACUAUGUGGACUCUAACAAGGAUUUAUCUACUCAUCUAUAAUCUACACAUGGAAACACAUUACAGUAAACUAUUUUAUCAACUUUUGUAACCUGGUGGUUAAAAUUGCAUCAAUUAAAUUUGGCCACUAGGGGACAAAACAAAACACAAUGACAGACAGAGGCUGUGUUUGACAUUGCAUACUAACAUACUAUUCAUAGUAAGUAUGAUGUAAAAUGAGUAUAUAAUGCAUUCUAACCAUGGAUGUGUUCAGAGAACUGGAUACAGCAUUAGAGGUGGGGCCCCAUUCAUUCCUAUGGAAGUUGCCCAGUGGUGCAUGAGGCCAAAAACAUUCAACUGCCACUUAUGCUACCGGCCGAGCUGGCUACUUAAUUUUAGCGCUUCGCUAAUUUGAACGGUAAAAAAAAAAAAAAAAAAAAAAAAAUCUAGCAGUUCUAGACUUUAAAAAUGGUACCGGACUGAAUGGAUCAAAUCCUGGUUGUGAAACGAAUCUUUUUGGCUGGUGUGUCAUUUACAGACAUCUUUACAGACAUUUACAGACACCUCUUUCCCAAUGUAAGUCUAUGGGAAAAUGUUUUUGGGGGGCCCAAUGGCAUCAUGUGAUGGGUUCUGGAGUUUCGAUUCUGUUUGGGGGCCUAGUUCCAACUGCAUAGUAUGGUAUUUUGUGAAUGCAAGAAAUGGAUGGAUGUAUACUAGAUUAGCAAGAAUUUCUGAGUAUGAGACAUGACUUUACUCAACAUACUCAACCGCCCCGAAACUCAAUAUGGCUCUUCACACUGUCCAAUGAUGGACUGUGAGGCAAACUGUUUAAAGCAUUAACCGCUGGCCAAAAUUUAAUGAUGUUAAAGUACAAGGCGGCACAGUGGUUAGUAUUGUCGCCUCACAGCAAGAGGAUUCCUGAUUCAAACUAGGCUGGGGGGCUUCUCCCACAGUCUAAAGACAUGCAGAUUAUGUUAAUUGGUGACUCUAAAUUGUCCAUGGGUGGGAAUGUGAGUCUCUAUGUGAUAGCCCUGUGAUAGUCUGGCGACCUGUCCAGGGUGUACCCCGCCUCUUGUCCAAUGUCAGCUGGGGUAGGCUCCAGCCCCCCUGCGACCCCUGACAGGAUAAGCAGGCACAGAUAUGGAGUAAUGUUAAAGUACAGUUAAGAGGAAAAGUGCAGGGACACACAUAAUGUAGUGUAGAAAACAACACUAAAACAUUUAAUAAUUUUAAUUUGCCUUAAAAUAACACUGGAGAGAAUUAAAUUUAGUGGAGGAGGUACUGUUGAUUUAUAUUUGUAAUAAACUAUUUUCAUUCAAACGUUAGUCGAUACUGUUGUGAUUAAUACAGUUGCGAUGAAGAGAUGAUAUAUUUCUUCAGUGUCAACAGUCUGCUGGUAAUGGCAUUCAUUCAUCUUCAUCCUCUUGAGGGUCGCGGGGGGGUUGGAGCCUCUCCGAGCUGACAUCGGGCGAGAGGCAGGGUACACCCUGGACAGGUCGCCAGACUAUCACAGGGCUGACACUUAGAGACAAACAACCAUUCACACUCACAUUCACACCUACGGACAAUUUAGAGUUAUAAAUUAACCUAGUCCCCAAUCCGCAUGUCUUUGGACUGUGGGAGGAAGCCGGAGUGCCCGGAGAGAACCCACACUGACACGGGGAGAACAGGCAAACUCCACACAGAAGGGCUCCCACACCCAGGAUCGAACCGGCAACCCUCUUGCUGGGAGGCGACAGUGCUAACCACCACACCACCGUGCCGCCCGGUAAUGGCAUAUGUGAUGAUAAUUAAGUAGGCAGUAUUCAGUACACACUGAUUGAGUAGGCUAUGUAAUAAGCAGUAUGUUGGUAUGUAUUUUUGAACACAGCCACAGCCUCAACAUACUAUCACCUUUAGAAAACUGUUAUAGCUGACAUGUUAGCAAACAUUUACCGUACAUACUUUCAUAUCCAGCAGAAUAAAACAACAUCCUAUUUGACUGUUUCUGACCACUUUAUUAUUCAAAAUGCAAGAUACUCUUUUAAUCUCCCUUUUGGUCUUCACCAACUCUUAAGAGUUUUGGGUCUUUAGCUUGCUAGUUUUUUGCCUACACAACCAACUACUCACUAAAUGUUUUCAUCUGGUAAUCAUCAGUUAGCAUACAGUGGUUUUAUCUGACUGUACAACCUGUGUAAUCAAAACAAUGAGCCAGAAGAAACUGUCAUUUCUUCCAUUUUCAAAAAAAUCAGUGCAGGUUUAAACAUUGAAAUACCUUUGCACAAGCAUGAAUUCACCACCUGGCCUCCAUAAUGACACCAGCUGUGGUCAUUUGUUUAAUUGAAGAUCUAAUCCUGCUUUAGAUUUAAUAAAUAUCUCAGCUGCAAUAUGUAUGCCAGUCAUUUACUUUUCAGAUGGAACCUUCUGAACUCAAGAUCACAAACUACUUCAGAGUUCCAUCCUGAAAACAUUUUAUGUACAGCACUAACUACUGAUUGCCAUUCAUGAGCUCUGUACCUGACUGAGUAAUGUGAUUCUUUAAAGUGUGCACUAUCUUGUAAACUUUUUUUUUUAUUGUCACAAUGUUAAUAUCAACUUGCAUGCAACCACCCUCUGGCUUAUUCUAACCACAGAGAUGCAUCAUAUAAUUCCGAUAGCCAUCAUAUGAAGAGUUUCAUCACAAGAUGGGAAAAAUACUAAUAUGCGAAACAUGAUGUGCACUGCUCAGUAUUUAUGACAUUAAACUGGCAUUACUUUUAAAAUAUCAUGCAGAGUGUCACUUGGACAUCUGAAAUUGUGUGUUGUAUUGUCGAUAGGUGUCAUGUUUUGAAAAUGGUGCACAUCUCGUCUUGAUAUGAAACUCUUUACAUGUGACGUGCAUUCUGUAUUAUUAUUUUCUUUUUACAUAUUUCCACAGUUAUGACAUCAAGACAAAGCAGUGAGUUUUGCAUGUAACCCUAGUUAUAAAGCACCUAGUAGGCGCAUUGUGGACAUUGUUGUGCUAGCUCAGGGAAAAUACCAUUUAUUGUCUCUGAUAGAUGCUGUGGAUUUAAUAGGUAAACCUGAACUUUAAAAUGUGAAACCAUUUCAUUGCAACCAGUGAACACACCAGAUGUCACUGUAAUGGUUUAAGGUUAUUACCUGAACUCAAUAUUUUCCUCUUGUCAGUUUCUGUCCGUACAUUUAACUGUAAAAUAUCUCACCAGUUUCUCUCUCUAUUACGUAUACUGUGUCCUUUAUAGUAAUGUUUUUGGUGUUUUGAAUGCAUCCCAACAGUUACGCUUUGUGAUGUUUACCCCUCACACCUUUGUCAGCUCCCUGCCUUUUAUGUGUAGAUAUUUGCCAAAAUGUGUAUUGCCAAACACUGAGCUAAUCACAUAUACAGAAAAUGAAUGCAACUAAAACUACAUAUCAGACUUGUCAUGGUGACUAUAGCCAUAUUCUUUUUGAAACAUUAGAGACAGUUGACACUUUCAUGUGAUGUAGAACUGUGGAGCACUGUAACGUUGCACAAUAUCAUUAGUCCUGUCUUCUUACUGUAUUUACCUCCUCUUUAAAUCUUUACUCACUUGCUACAUGUAUAUGUUGAAGGUAAUAUUUGUAAAGUGCAGUUCAUGCUAAUAGCAACAAGCAGGUAUAAUAAAUGAAAUAUGUAGCGUAUACAGUGAGAAGAGGCGUUAAUGGAUCAGGGAACAGAUUGGCUGUACUGAUACGGGUAGAUGGAGCAUGGCGUCUGUGUUUUUAAAAUGGCUCGCAUAAUGAAGAGCCUCACUCUCACAAGAGUAUUGUAUUUUUCUAACAUUUACUCUAAUGCCCUGUAUUUGUACUCAGCACUGAUGAGUGUAAUUUACCAUUUAUUGCACAUAUUGUUACUCAACUAUUACAGUAAUUCUCCCUCUAAAUGUUUUUUUUUUCAGAACCCAAUAAUAACAGUGAUGUUCUUGUGUGACUGUCACCUUAGCAGUACAAGUUGAGAAUUGUAUAUUACUGAUAUUCUUUGUUUUAUGUAAAAGAAGAAAGAAAAAAUAAA